AUGAACAAGAAACUGAAUUUGACAAAUAUAAGUGAUCUUAACAAUAAGUCUUUUAUCGAGCUUAACUUGGAACAGCUUCUGAGCCCUGAGAAAAUUUCUGAAAUAACUAUAAACGCGGAGGUUGUAUUCGAAAGUAGUUCGGAGCUAGGAAUUCUUAUGAGGUCUCCUGAAGAAAUUGCAAAUUUGGAAAUCAUGGAAUCUACAAUAUUAGAUCCUACCUUUGAAAUUAACAAUGUCCAUAUUAUAUCGUUUGCUAAGUUAGGAAACGAAGAAUGUGACCUCUGCGAAUCUUAUCAGAUGCACAAUCCAGAGCAUACAGCUAAGUCUUUAAAGGAAGAAUACGAGAAAUGCUGGAGUUUGAAAGAGCAUAUUGAGAAGGCAACAGAAUCUCUUAAAAUAUACACUUUAAACAAAGAAAACUUCAUUGAAGACAAAGAUCAUUUAUGCGUGUCUGUUGACCUUCAGAAAGUAAGCAUGUUACCAAGGAUAGAAAUGUUUAAAAAAAGCAAUAUAUUCUCAUCGUCUGAUAGUCUACAAUGA